UUGGCCCCGGCGUCCGGACCCGCGGUGGGAAUGCUGCUGCUGCUGCAGAGCUUGUCCCGGGGAGGCCGAGUCCUGGCUACGCUGUGGCGCAGGACUCCUUCCCUCCAGCUGAGCGGCAGCCGGGUUGCCGGAAGUCUUUCGCGCAGCCCGGGUAUCCUAGGUCCGGGAGGGCGGCCAGCGCUUGGAGGAGUCAUGAUCAGCGCGCUCACUAAGAGCUCUCUUCAGGGGACACACCAGUUCUCCAUCUGGGACUGCUGCCAGAUUCCUCCCCGCGGGAGACACAGGGUUCUUCACGGCCACCAUACUCCAGCGCGAGCCACUGAUGGCUGCAGAAAGCUGGGCAUGGACCACGGGGAAGAAGGUUUCCGAGUGGGUGCAGAGGAUGACAGGGAGCCAGAGGCCUCCCAGCCCCAGGGGAGCCUCGUAGGGCCCCCAUACUCUCUGCCACCUGAGCUCCAGCCCCCCACAAACUGCUGCAUGAGUGGCUGUCCUAACUGUGUGUGGGUAGACUACGCAGAAGCUCUGCUGAGGCACUGCCAGGAUGGUGGGGAGCGGGCCCUGGCCCUUCUAGAGGAGCACGUGACCGAUGAGAACCUCAAGGCCUUCCUCAGAAUGGAGAUCCGGCUCCGCAUGCAGAACGGAGCCUGAGCCCGCUCACCUGGGACUCCUUG